GCCCCGUUCUUUCUGCCAACUGCCACGUGCACGAGGCUAUUAUGCCCUACACUAAUGCUACACAAACUGACCCCGCGUUCGGCCCGCCCUUCUAUCAUUGGAAUAUCAAACCAAGUGAUCUCUAAUACCUGGCAGCUUCCUCUCAAUCACCUUUCAUCAUGGAGCCUGUCACAAAGAUCAUGCACUUCAAGACCUCUUCGUCUUACCUCGAGGACCCUUCGCGAUUGAUUUCUGAGCUCACGACCACAUGUUCAGCAGGCAAAAUGGAUGGGUUUUCCAAGGCAUACCUUGGUUUCGAGGUUGAGGAUCCGACCAAUGCGUUCUGGGUUCUCGAGUGGGCUUCCUUGGCUGCGCACAGUGCAUAUCGUCAGACAGAAGCUUUCAAGGCUAUACAAGCAACUGCUCAACAAAUCGUUACGGGCCAACCGAAACAUAUGUUUGUCAACUUCUCCGACACUAAGAUAUUUUCUGCUCCAGUGACAGAAUUUGUUACUUUCACUCUCAAGGAGGGUGCCAGUAUGGACAAGCUUGAGCUCCUCGUUGCACAGCUUCAGACCGGGCUUGUAGGGACACCAAACUUCUAUGGCUCGAGCUGGGCUCCUGUCAUCGAUCAGCCUAACGUGAUUUACGGCGUGUUGGGAUGGGAGAGUGUGCAGGCACACUGGGAUGCUGUUAGCUCAGGUCCGCUCAAGGAUAUCAUUGAUCAAGUGAAGGAGGUUGCCGACCUUUGGCUUGUCCACGCCAUACUGGCGCCAUCCAAAUGAUGAUGCACAAACCCAACUUUGCAUGGGAAGGUAUUUUGAAGUUAUGAAAUAUGUACAAGCUUGGAUAUCCCCGAGGAACAUUUUGGCAGACGUUCAUCUGUUUUCAAUAUGCAGUGUUUAAAGUUAGCCGUGCCCAUAACC